GAGACGCAAAGCUAGUCAGAUAAGGGAGAAACUUCAGACUUCUUAGUCUUGUACUCCUAUAUUGAAAUGAAACGCUGGAUAAUUUGAGUUCCAAAAUACUUUAAGUAGCCGACAGAUUACUCUCUCAGUUCAACACAUUAGAAAAAUGUUAGGUUUAAAUUUAGUGAUUUCAAGUUUGUUAGCUGCUUCAUCGGUUAGUGCUCUUCAAUGCAAUGGCUGCAGAGGAUGCGGAAAGCGUCUGUUGGAAGAAGAGGGACCCACCGGUGUUUACGCUAGAUGGUGGUUUGGUAACGCUACUCCUCAAAAAGAGCAUAUCAGAACAUCGAAGAGGGAAGCUUUAUUCGAAGUUAAACAUGAAGCUAAUGGAGGUCAAUACUUGAAAAGACCAGAGAACGCUAUUGGUCUCAUCGUUUUUUCCGAUGAUAAGCAUGCUGCUGUUGCUGGCUGGGAUGGUGCUGAUACUGAUGGUCCAUGGCAAACUUACGGAGAGCAAGGCCCUAAUGCUUCCAGGUUUCAUUAUCUAGGCGACAGUUAAAUUGUAUUUGUUAAUUUAACUGUUGUGUUGUUAAAUUAAACUAUCUUUUGUUUCGUCCAUUCGCUAGACAAGGUGAACCUGAAAAGCAGCUAUAAAAGCAGCUAUAUAGAGAAAUCUCAUCUUUUUAUAGUUCCGCAGUUUUGGCUGCAAAAUCUACAGCGAUGUUUUUCAGU